AGGACCGUGGCUGGACCCCUCCCCUCUACUACCACACCGCAGAUUAGUCACGAGAAUAGCGGGGUCGGCACAACGGGUAACAUUCGUGAGCAACACGAAUGCAAUGUGGGUGGGUCCGAUGAGAACCCCCCUCAAACAACUCCAAAUGUCAGUGAACUGGGUAGAGGGAAGAGAGAAAAACGACCCUCGCGAGUCCGAGCUAGUAUUAUGGCCCCAGAGAGCAUUUUGGAUGUGCCCUUUCACAGGGCAAGAAGUAGCAGCACUCGGGCAACAAGAGGGGGAGCUGUAUCAGAGCAUCAAGAAGAGACCAUCAAUACCACGUAGUAUGUCGGUAUUGUACUGGAAUGUCAGGGGCAUGGGACGCCCGUCCUUCAAAACGAAUUUCCGUCAUUUAAUCGUUACACAUGGCCCGGAUGUGGUGGUACUAGCUGAAACCUGGGUAACCCGUGAGCACACGGAACACAUCAUCAAAAAUCUACCGUUCUCGAAGUGGUACCUUGUUGAUCCGGUGGGUUUUGCGGGGGGAAUCUUGAUCCUGUGGAACCCGGCUAGAGUUCGGAUUCACAUUACAGGAACAAGUAACCAGGGAGUUCACAGCUUGGUAGAGGGAGCUCUUGCAAAAGCUUAAUAAAGUGAAGAUCGAGCACACAAGGAGGGAAGGGAACCGGCUUGCAGAUUGUCUAGCUAAGCAAGCUAGAAGCUUAGAUGAUUGUAUGAACAUUACUAGGGAGCUCCCAAGGCCCCCAAAUUUUUGCAUGUCUACAUACAUCUCGGAUUGUAAUAACUCUAUUUUUAACACUUAAUUAA